AGCAUCACACAGAGAAAAGAGACCCCCGUAAAAGCCAGUCGGACUGAUUUUAUUCGUCCCAGGAAUAAAAGGCUGAACUCCAUCCCCGAGAGUGGCUCCCACAACUGUCCCCUUCCUUCUUUUUCUUCUGCCUCACAACUUUGCCUAGUCUUGCCUGGCAUUUUCUUGUUUGAUUUUAUUUUUCUCCCCCUUUAUUCCAACCUUCACUUUAGCUAUUUUCUUCUGUAAAUGCUGGAACAAGAGCUGGAGACCUCUGGGGAUUCGUUGCAGGAGCAACUUUGCUUGCCUACUUUGGAUGGCUUUCUGUUUUUUAACGAAAAGGAUCCAGUCACUUCUAGAACUUGCAGAGAGGAAUCCUUGACCUCAAAACCAGACAAGACACUGCUCAAAGUUUUUUUUGAUGUUAUAGUUUUGCACUUUUCCCAGUGAUAUUUUGUGUGCAUGCAAGCCCAAGACAGAAAACAGACUUUCCAAGCUGUUCAAUGAUGCCCCUGUUCCAGGAGGGGAUUUUAUGAUAGGAAGAUGAAAACAUCAUUUCUCAUGAUCUGUCUUAUUCUAGCUGCUCUUCUGGCUCAGUACAAAACACUGGCUCUACAAGAAGCCUGUGGUGUGGCAGAGAGAGCAGACAUUUUGUUCCUUGUGGAUGAGUCCUGGAGUAUCGGGGAGAGCAACUUCCAGUGGAUCAGAGACUUCAUCUAUGACGUUAUCCGGACGUUUGAAAAUGCGAUGGUGGGAAAGGGUGGUGUUCGUCUGGGUGUGGUGCUUUAUGGAGAUAAACCAAGAAUAAGCAUUGACCUGACGGAUUAUAUCACAAUUGAGGAGGUGUUGGUGGCAGUCCGGGACUUGGUCUUCAAAGGUGGUGAUGGUGGAACGGGUAGCGCCUUUUCCUUCCUACUUGAGACAAUGAUCAUCACAGGAGCAUUGAGAGGAGAUGCAGCAAAGGUAGUCGUUUUAAUUACGGAUGGCAAAUCUUCUGAUUCGGUCGAGGAGGCAGCCAGGCUCCUUAAGGAUGCAGGUGUCACCGUGUUUACAGUCGGGAUAAACAAUGCAGACCGGAAGGAGCUGAGGAAACUAGCAUCAGACCCUGCAGAGGAGCACAUGCUUUACGCCCAAGACUUCCACCAGCUGGGCAGCCUCUCCCGGAAGCUCUCCAGAAGGCUUUGCAUCACUGCCUCAGAGCCUCCACGACCGGCCAAGCCAAGAGCCAAGGUGGAGAAGAUAGUCAAGCCCCGAGACCUCAUUGUCAGUGAGCAAAGCCACAACUCUCUGAGACUCACAUGGACACCAGCUACUGGGAAAGUGACUGGCUAUCAGGUCCUCUUCGAUUCAUUCUCAACUCCUGGCCAAGCUGCUCCAGAGGAUCAACGACUGAUUGUUUUGGAUGCCAGCAAGAGCACAGUGUUGGUGACAGAGCUGAAACCUAACACGAAAUAUUUCUUCACCGUCUUGACUGUCUACGCGGAUGUUCUCGGAGAGCCAGCGACUGUCAAAGGGAAAACAACAUCCAUACCUCCAGUGACCAAUUUCCGGGUCAUAGAAGAAGGACUUUCGAGCCUCAGAGUCGCUUGGACUCCCCCAUUAGGGAAACUGGAAGGCUACAAGAUCUACAUCCCUAAAUCCAACAAGACUGGGAUGACCUCAGAGAAGAUUCUGGGCAGCGAUGUCUCCUCACACCUUCUUGAUAACUUGAAGGAGGAUAAAGACUAUACCAUCAGCAUUUAUGCCGUCUACCCAGAAGGUCCAAGCCAGCCAGUGUCAACAACAGGCAAAACGUUGAAACUAUUGCCUGUGAAAACCAUCUGGCUCCAGAAUGAGACAACCAAUACCAUCCAGGCCAGAUGGACGCAAGUCAGGGGAGCAUCAGGAUACAGACUAACAUGGGUGUCUUCAGAAGGCAGUGUUCAGAAUGUGAACCUGGGUGAAACAUACAGCUACUACAUGAUCCAAGGUCUGCAACCUGGCACUGAAUACACCAUCACAGUUAACCCUAUCUUUGGUGCCACGGAGGGACCAAUAGUAACUGCUAAAGCGACAACUUUGUCAUCAAGUGCAGUACAGAUUUUGAAAGCAACAGAUAUCACAAUCAAUUCGGCUGUGGUUUUCUGGAACUCAGUACCAGGGGCAACUGGAUAUCGAAUGACGUGGGGCCCAACUCCAGAGUUCUUUGGCCAAGACCGUCCACGGCAGCUUGCUCUGAACAGUUCCACCACUGCUUACCACCUGCAAAACCUGGCCCACAACACAGAGUAUGUGAUUUCCCUCUAUGUUCUUUUUGGUUCGGUGGAAGGUCCUGGGAUCACUAUUACCGCAAGGACAUCUCCUCUGGGUUCUGUCUCUAAUUUCAAGGUGACCUCUUACACCAGCACUUCCAUCUCACUGUCUUGGAGUACUGUUCCUGCUGCCACCAAAUACAAGAUCAUCUGGAAGCCAGCUGGCACAGGGCAAGAGAGAGAGACUGCUAAGAGUCUCCUCCUAGACAGCCACUUACGGGCUCAUCAUUUGGAGAAUCUACUACCCAACACCCGAUACGCCAUUGGCAUCCGUGCUGUAUUUGGAACCACGGAGGGGAAAGUGGUAACUCUGACUCAAGGCACCGUGGGCUCACUUGCGAAUCUCUCCAUUCCUGUUUUGACUGUUACAUCGGCAAAACCUGUCACCAUGAGACAUCAGCCUAUGACUUCUAGUCAAUUGACUUCUCCAGUAACUACCUCUCUUGGGCCAAGAUUCACUGCUGCACACACAGCAAGGGUCCCAAAGACCUCGGUUCCCUCUGCGACUACUCCUGGGCCAAUCUGCAGCAAAUUCAAAGCAGACAUUGCCUUCUUGGUGGAUGAAUCCUCAAGCAUCGGCCAAAGCAACUUCCUCAAAGUGAAAGAGUUCCUCUUCCGCAUCGUUUCCUAUUUCCCCAAAAUUGGACCUGAAGGGACACAGAUUGCCGUCGCUCAGUACAGCGAAGAACCCAGAACAGAAUUCCACUUUAACCGAUAUCAAGACCGGAACAGUGUUCUGAAAGCUAUCAAGAGACUCCGCUAUGCUGGGGGAGACACAAAAACCGGGAGAGGCAUUGGCUACAUGCUGAAGGAGGUCUUUCAAGCUUCCAAAGGGAUGAGGCCUUCAGUGCCCCACACAUUGGUUCUGCUGACGGAUGGUCGAUCUCAGGACGAUGUGUUGCCUCCAGCCCAAGUGGCCCAUGCUAUAGGAAUCCGUCUGAUCACGGUGGGGGUUUCAGGGGCUGACCCCCAGGAACUGAAGAAGAUCUUGCUGCAUCGGAAUUUGGAGAAUCUCUUCUACGUCAGCACUUUUGAUGAUCUCCCACAGAUCAUAAGGGAACUUAUAGAAACCAUUUGCAUUGGUUCCCAACAAGAGAAUGUUGUGACACAACAUAACAAGCUUGUUGACAAGGAAGGAGAGAUGGACAAGUCAGAGCUGCUGCUUAAGAAGAAAGGAGAAUUGCCCAGCUCCAGCCCAUCUUCUGUUCCACUAGUGGUCCAUCCCCCAGAAGGACCCUGUGACCUCAAAUGCCCCAAGGCCCAGAAAGGAGAGAAGGGAGACCGAGGCCCACCUGGAGAUGCGAGUUUGGCUGGUCUGCACAUGGGUGGGGGCUAUGACCCAUUUAGUUUUGCCACCAAAGGAGAGAAAGGAGAGCGGGGACUUCCGGGGAAAGAUGGCAUUCCCGGAUUACCUGGCAGGCCUGGGCGAACAGGCUCUCCUGGCUCUCCUGGACUCAUGGGCCUCCCUGGCAUUCAAGGGGACCAUGGGCCACCUGGAUAUCCAGGCCCACCAGGGCAAAAAGGAGACAGAGGGGAACCAGGCUAUGUGUUAGGAGGCGUGGAAGUCAUUCCAGGACAAAAUGGACAACCUGGCCCACCGGGCUACAAGGGACAGCCUGGAGUACCAGGAGUACCGGGUCCCCCAGGGCUGCCUGGAUUACCUGGACCACAGGGACCACCUGGUUUAUCAGUCAAGGGUGAACUAGGAGAUCCUGGGAUCAGAGGACCUCGAGGAAAGAAUGGGCUCAAGGGAGAGAAAGGAGAACCUGGAGAGACGGGGAAAGCUGGCUUACCUGGGCCAAUAGGACUGGAUGGCACUCCAGGAGCUUCUGGAUCAAAGGGGGAAAAGGGUGAAAUAGGGGUUGGUGUGCCAGGUCUACCUGGCUUAAAAGGAGCAGAAGGAAACAAGGGGGUGACAGGACCUCCUGGAUCUCAAGGGCAGAAGGGUGAACGAGGAAUGCCAGGGCCUGAAGGACCAACCGGCUUGAGGGGCAAAAAGGGUCAAGAUGGUGUCAAAGGAGAAAAGGGAGAACGUGGAGCAGCAGGGAUGAAGGGUCUCCAAGGGAUUGCGGGUCUUCCAGGCCCUGUAGGACCAAAAGGAGACCAAGGCAUCCAAGGAUUCCCUGGUGCUCCAGCAAUGGGAGUGGUGGGACCUACAGGCAAGAAAGGUUCAAGGGGAGAUAUUGGGGCGGUUGGUCCUUCAGGUCCAAAAGGAGAAUCAGGAAAACAAGGCGAAAAAGGAGAAAAGGGAAGUCCAGGGUUUGGCAUUCCGGGUCAACUGGGACUGAAAGGGGAGCCAGGCGAGAGGGGAAAUGUUGGUUUAUCUGGCAAACCAGGACAAAAGGGGGAAAUUGGUCCAAAGGGCAAUAAAGGAGAGCCAGGAGAACCCGGAAAUGCAGGGGAACCUGGCCUAAGAGGUAAAGAUGGGGAAGCGGGUGUUCCUGGAGAGCAGGGAGAGAGAGGAGUCCGGGGUCCUUCGGGACUCCCAGGACGUCCUGGAGAGCGUGGAAUGCAAGGAGAUGCAGGAGAACCUGGCAAGGAGGGAGCUGCUGGAGAAAAAGGAGACAAAGGAGAAUCAGGACAGCCUGGGCCCCCAGGAUUGCCUGGAGAAACUGUUCUUCCUCUGAAAAACAGCAUCACCAUCAAAGGAGAGAAGGGGGAACCUGGACUGCCUGGGAAAGGGAUGAAUAUCAAGGAUCUGGAAAGCCUUUUUGAAGCUUAUGGUAUCAAGCUGGCUCUUUUGAAGGACCUGACAGACCUUCUCCUUCAAGAGGGAGUUGAAACUGUGACCCAACAAAUAGCUGCCUCCAAGAAGGGGAAGGGGAAAGCUUCCAGGAGGAAACAAGGUCCCAAACAACUCGCAGAGCAGGUGACUUCAGUGAAGUGUGAUGUUCCCAGUGUGACUCCAGCUAGCACCACAGACUUUCCCAGAGAAGAUUUCAGUCUAAAUCCAGAAUAUCCAGUCCCAGAAGCUGUGGAAACCCUUUUGACUUCUUCUACUUUACCACCUUCCACUAUUGAAAAGACUGCUACAGAACAGACAUUUGCAACUACUAUUAAUAGUCAUUCUGGAGUAUCUGAAAUAACUAGUCACAUAAACCUUGGCCUGAUGGAAACUAUGAAGACAACAGAAUAUCCAGAAGGAGAGAACACAACCGAGGAGGAGAACAUUUUACUUCAGAGGGGAGUUGCUGAAAAUGCCACUUUGGAGUCUCAAGAAGGUGUUUUCUCUCCAGAAGAAUUAUCAAUAAGAAAGGAGGUGGAAGGAGAGUUGGAACUCAGCCCAAUUCUGCUUGAUCUGGAGUCCCAGUUCCACACUCUGGAGAACACAUCUCUUCAGAUGAUAGAGAAUGCAAAGAUAAGGAAGACAGAUGAAGACCCACUGACAAUGCCCCCUAUUCUUGAGCCAGAGGUGGAAGACAGUUCUUCAGAACAUGCAUCCAAAGAGGUUCUGGGGCCUAUGAAGAAAAGACGAGGGGAGCGGAAGAAGGAGAAAGAGGCCAGUCAAGUAACUAAAGAGGAAAGCACUGGUGCCUUUGCUAAUGGCAAGGAAACAAGCAGCCUCCGAGUUCGAAGAAUGGUGGAGAACCGAAACCUGACGGUUCGCUCUCCUGGUGCUCUUGGACUUGGAGACACGAUGAUGGGAUAUCAUGCCAGGAAUGGGGCUUAUCCUGGGCCUCACAGAACAAGGAGAAUCAAGAAGCAAGAAUCAGAAACAGUGGCUGGAGAAUUUGGACCCAAUAAAGGUCAAAAGGGAGAAAAAGGUUCGCCUGGAAGCCCAGGCAGCAAAGGAGAAAAGGGGCAACCUGGAGAAGCAGGAGAACCUGGCGAGAAGGGCAACAAAGGCGAUGAAGGUGAUGUUGGUCAAAAGGGAGAGCCGGGGAUGGCUUCCGUGGGCCAGUGGGCCAAGCUGGAUCUCCAGGGCAAAAGUUUUCAAGACUUUCUCAAACGGAAGAGGAGAAUGGUUAAAUUAUUCGCUCUUGCCAAUGAGGAUGAGGGUGAACCGGGGGCACUGGGAGCCCCAGGAGCACAAGGAAUCCAGGGGAUCCGGGGCAAUCCAGGGAUCCCGAGGAUCCCAGGGGGAAAGAGACACCCCGGACUACCUGGAAUUCCAGGACAAAAGGGGGCAUAUGGCAAGAGAGGCCGGAAUGGAGUAGCUGGACCGCCAGGUCCCCUUGGACCCCCUGGGCAAGAGGGUAUGCUGGGUGCCCCUGGGAUCAAAGGCAACAAGGGGGAUACUGGUCUUGGCAAACUGGGCCCAAGAGGACCGCGUGGCUUCCCUGGCCCCCGGGGUGAAGAAGGAAUUGUGGGUGUUCGUGGCCCCGUUGGCAUGAUGGGACAGAUUGGCCUUGUGGGCCUGAAAGGUGAAAAGGGUGAUGUUGGCUUUCCUGGACCCAAAGGAGAAAGGGGAGAUCCCAUGACGAUCUUUGGACCUCAAGGCUACAAAGGCAAUAAAGGAGAUCCAGGUGAAAGGGGUCCUCCAGGGUUUGAUGGAGACAAGGGUGAGAAAGGAGAAGAUGGACCUGCAGGGGAAAAGGGUGUGAAAGGAGAAGCUGGGUCAAAAGGAGUCAUGGGUCUUUUUGGCACAAGAGGGCCAGUGGGUCAGAAGGGUGAAAUUGGAGAGCCUGGACUACCUGGAUUUGCUGGAAGAGCAGGACUCGAUGGAAAGAACGGCAUGAAAGGAGCAAAAGGAGACAGAGGACUACAGGGUCAAAAGGGAGAACCAGGAGGGAAAGGCGAUCCUGGUAUAACGGGAGACAUUGGACGGAAAGGUUCAAAGGGUUUACGUGGUUUGCCAGGAAAGACAGGGCCUCCAGGUACACAUGGGAUCAAGGGAGAGACUGGUGGCACUGGGAGGCCGGGAACACCAGGGGCAGACGGGCUUCUUGGUCCAAAGGGCGACCGUGGAGAGUCUGGCACCGACGGGCUCCAGGGAAUUAUGGGGCAGAAAGGAGAAAAGGGUUCCAAGGGAGUGCCUGGCUUGGGUGGCUUUAAAGGACAGAUUGGCCUACCUGGUAAGGUGGGUGUCAUUGGCCCACCUGGCCCACAAGGACCACAGGGGGACCCAGGGCCACAGGGUGAACGAGGCAGAAGAGGAAGGCAACAGCUGUGUCUCCGGGGAGCCCCAGGGACUCCUGGCAACAAAGGGGGAAAGGGAGAAGAAGGCCCUGCAGGUCGGAAAGGAGAGAGAGGAGAUCCUGGACUUUCUGCAGAAGAAGUGAAGGACAUCGUCAGGACUGAGAUGAAGGACCAAGAGGCUUGUGCUGACAAAAACUUUCGCCCGGCAAAUGGAUUGGCAGACCUAGGUGCAGAUUAUCUAGCGGAUGUUGAGCCGAGGGAGAAAAGGACUCUGCUACCCAAAGCUUUGACAGAACAAGAGUUUUUCAGGGAUGUGCACAACAGGACCAAAGCUGAUUUGCAUCUGACAGAAUCUGUCCCACCUUUGGCAGAUCCUUGUGUCCUGCCAAUGGAUGAGGGUGCCUGCAAGCAGUACACAGUGCUCUGGUAUUAUCACCAGGAAGCCAACAACUGCCGGCCAUUCAUCUUCGGAGGCUGCGGCGGGAAUGCCAACCAGUUUCCAUCCAAGCAGACAUGUGAACUGUGGUGCAAGAGAGCAACAGAUCAAGCUCAGGAUGCUGACCAGAUACAAGGAGAAAGAGAAAAUGAAAAGAAGCAGAAGUCAGCCAUCUCCAAGACUAUACAUUCGGCAGACGGAAUAGUUUAAGGAAAUCUGGGUUUUGGCCACUUACCUGUUCUGUGAACAAAGGAGAUAAUAUGUGUGGAAAGAAAUCCAUUUAGAAAAAGGAAGUGAUUGCAUUCCUUUUUUUCUUAUAACCUUCUAUUAUGGUCAGAUUUUUUUUUCCCUCUCUGGGCUUAGAAAUUUCCAGUAUCAAAUUUGUUUUGCACCGUCUGUUGUUUUUAUUUGGGAUAUGUUAUUUUAUUUAAGUUAAUAGUGAUUAACAAAUUGGCUAAAGGGCAGAUAGGUAGGUUUUGGUCUGUAACAGAAAUAUUUGGAGGGCCCAAAAAUUCAUAGAAAUUGUUGUUGAUGCCGUCAAGUCAUUUCUGGUUUAUGGUGGCUCUAAGGUGAACCUAUCCAAGGGUUUUCUUGUCAAGAUUUGUUCACAGCUAUGAAAGACCACCGGAUGAGCCUGAGUAAGUAACACUGUCUCAGCCUCAGGGGAAGACAGUGACAAACCUUCUGUGAAUCAGUCUAGCCAAGCAUCAGGUUGCUGCAACUGGAGGGAGUUAACUUGAACCUUACAAUAAAAACCAGUGGGGUGCAACAGGUAAAAGUGUUGGACUGGCACUUCAGGAGACAAGGAUUCAAAUCCCUGCUCAGCUAUGGAUAAGUCUCAGACACUCUGAGACUCAGAGGCCAGCAAUGGCAAGACUCUUGUGAGUGAAUUUUGGGAAAAAUAAAAACGCUAGGAUAGACUCACCAUAAGUUGGACUUCACUUGAAGGCCCAUAACAACAACAACGCAAUUCCUUCAGUUGCUCAUUUGGUUGCAGUUGGACAAUUGGUUAACCAUUGCAUCAUGCAACAUUGCACUUCAACACAAGCACGGGAUGACCAAAUGUCAUAACCACAAAGGAGGACAAGGCACCACAAAGUGUGAGACAUUUAAAGAAAAUGUAGAGCAUUUAUCACAAGACAAUGUAACUCACUGGCUGGGAAAAUUGGAAGACUGCAAGAGAAGAGGAAGACUACAUUACAUGUGGAUUGGCUCAAGGAAGAAAAGAGUGGUUUCCCUGAGUCUGCAAAACCUGAGCAGGGCUGUAGAUGAUCUUGGGGCUCUCUCAUUCAUAGGACUGACAUAAAGGUGACUUGAAGGCACAUAACAACCACAAAUGAUAGGACAAUUCAUUGUAUGUUCCCUGAGAUCAGAUGAUUUAAUGAACCCAUGGCUGUCCUGACUGCAAGACCUGGUCAGGGCCCUAGAUGACUGGAGUUCUUGGCGCUCCCUCAUUCAUAGGGUUGCUGUAAAUCAAAAGCACUUAACAACCACAAAUUGUAGGAAAAUUCCUUGUAUGCUCCCUGAGAUUAAAUGAUUUAACGAACCCAUGACUGCCCUGAUUUUGCAAGAUCUGAGCAGAGCUGUAGAUGAUUGGGGCCCUUGGAGCUCUUUCAUUCAUUGUUGUUGUUGUAUACCUUCAAGUCAUUUCCAGCUUAUGGCGACCCUAAGGUGAACCUAUCACAGGGUUUCCUGGAGCUGAGAGGAUGUGAAUCACCCAAGGUCACCCCGUGUGUUUCCAUGUCCGGGCAGGGAACCAAACUCCCAUCUCCAGAAUCCUAGUCCUAUGCACUACACAUAGAGUUGCCAUAAAUCAACACCAACAUUUAUGUAAAUCCCAUUGAUUCAAUGACCUUACUCUCUUUGGGAGAGCUGAUAGAAUUGAUGUUCUUCUUUCUGUUCUCCUGAAGUUCCCGCACCACUACUACCAGAAGUAACAGCAACAGAAACUGUGCUGGUAGUUUGGAUGCCAUUUUGUAGCGCCACAAAGCUCUGGGCCUCAUGUACCUUCAAGGCAUUGAAGGAGGAAAAGAUGGCUGCUACACAAGUGUUCUAGUUAAUAUAUCACUCAAGCAAGAGGUAGAAUUCACCUGAGUCUCUUUUAAGAGGUACAAUCUAUUGAAAUAUCCAUGGGAUCAAAAACUUCUCCAAAGGUCCCCUACCUCCUGCAUUGUGAUACAUACCAGGAACAUGCCCUCCUCUUGAGAAAUAUAGCCCUCUAUGCUUCCCUCUAUCAAGCAAUCGAAUCAACUUGAGAAACUCAAUUACAGAGGACUGACAUUUCCAACAAACAUGAUAAUGGAGGAACCAGGAGAGACGUUCCGUAAUAUAUUGGCUCAGCCAGAGCUGCUGAGAUAGUAAAUCAGUAGGAUAAACAUUUUAUAUACAGAUACCUUUCUCACAGAUGGGGUUACCAGCCUCUCUGUAUUGGGUGGAACUCAUUGG